CGGGGGGGUUGGUGGUGCGAUGAGACUUCAUUAAAGAACAGCAACUUUUUUCUUGAGUUGCGACGUCAGGUCCACAACCGGGAGACUGAGAGCAAGGUAAUGCGUUUUGUGAAUCUCGCCGUCAAUAUUCCUGUUGAAUUGGAUGGGAAUGAAAACACCCUCUUUAACCUGACUACUGUGAGCGGAAAAGAGUGAAAAGAAGUGCGGGCUUCUGGAAGGCUGGUGCUGCCUGACCAAAACCUUGGUGAAUGGGGCAUGUUUUAAAAGAGGGGAGAGUUGGAGAAGCUUAUGGAGGGAAUUCCAGAGCCUAUCGGCCUUGGCAACUGAAGAAUUGAUAACACUGGAGGAAGCAUUAACUAUCCAUCCCCAGAUGUUGUGAAGAAUAUAAUUUAUUUGGCAAUGAUCAUUCAGAAGCAUUGGAAACAAGACAUUCUUUCAAAGCCGAGAAUCACGCUGAGCACGUGGUGGGCCAAAGCAUCAGGACAGACUGGGAAGACUGAUCCCCACUUCCUUUUAUACUGUAUUUGAGUGGGAAGUAAAAAGCCAGACACAGAAUGCGACUGAACCAAGAACAGUGCUUUUUAGCCAGACAGGAAGUGAAAAACUGUCUUACAGGAAACCCUUAAUAGCUAUGCUCUAAGUUUGAACUUCCAGCUUCUUUCUGAAAAAGAAAAAUUCAGAAUUAUAACAAUGCCAUCAAAGGGGAAAUACUUCAUUAAUGAAAAUGAAGCUCGUAAAACUUCAGACUCACUCUAUGAGACUUACUGCUGUAUGAGCCAGCAAUUUCCACUUGUUCUCCUCUUCCUAGUGAUUAUUACUGGGGCUUGUGUAGCUCUGAUUGCUCUUUUCUUUUCCAUUGAACCGGUUGUUCCGACGCACCUUCUCUUUUUAAUUACAUUAUGCACUGCUUUGGGCAUAUUUAUAGUGAUUUUUAUUCUUGUCUGCGUUGAGCCGUUAUUUCAAAGAUGGAUGAAGAUAUUUGCAUUAGUCAUUUGGGUUUGCCUUCUUACCAUGGGGUACGUUUUCAUCUUUGCUGGUGGAAUUAUCACCGCUUGGGACCAGGUGCCAUUCUUUUUGUACAUUGUCUUUGUUUUGUAUACAAUGCUGCCAUUAUGUAUGCGGGAUGCCAUCAUUGCCAGUGUCCUGUCAUCCGUCUCUCAUAUUGUUACCCUCAGUAUUUAUUUCUCAUUUGCAUCGACAUCAAUAAAUUCCUUAGUUUGUCAGUUGGUUUCCAACGUUGUGAUAUUUUUGUGUGGUUGCUUGGUUGGCUUUUUUCAUAAGCUUUCAAUGGAACGUGCCUUAGAGCAAACUUAUGAGGACACUUUAAGCUGCAUCGAAAUAAGAAUGCAGUUGGAUAUUAAGAAAAAACAACAGGAAAGCCUGCUGUUAUCAGUGUUGCCAGGUCAUAUAUCUAUGGAAAUGAAACUAGCUAUUAUUGAACGUUUGAAAGAAAGUAACUAUUAUCCACACAAGCGUGAUAAUUUCCACAGCUUGUAUGUGAAGAGGCACCAGAAUGUAAGCAUCCUGUAUGCAGAUAUUGUGGGCUUUACCCGUCUGGCUAGUGACUGCUCACCCAAGGAACUAGUUGUCAUGUUGAAUGAACUGUUUGGGAAGUUUGACCAGAUUGCUAAGGAGAAUGAAUGCAUGAGGAUAAAAAUACUGGGUGAUUGCUAUUACUGCGUCUCAGGUCUUCCUGUAUCUUUACCAAAACAUGCAAAGAAUUGUGUGAAAAUGGGGCUUGACAUGUGCGAAGCUAUCAAGCAAGUUCGGGAUGCAACAGGAGUAGACAUCAGUAUGCGAGUUGGCGUUCAUUCUGGUAACGUACUAUGUGGUGUAAUUGGACUUCGGAAAUGGCAGUAUGAUGUUUGGUCACAUGAUGUUACCUUAGCCAAUCACAUGGAAUCUGGAGGCGUGCCUGGUCGUGUGCAUAUCACAGACGCAACACUGAAUCAUUUGCAUAAAGCAUAUGAUGUUGAAGAAGGAAAUGGGCACCAAAGAAAUGCCUACCUCAAUGAGCUGAAGCUGAAAACAUAUUUGGUUAUUGAUCCAAGGACAAAACAGCAAAGCCUGAAGACUCGGCACCUCCCAAAGCCAAGGCAAGGUAAUGACGGGCUGAAAAUGAGGGCAUCUGUCCGUAUGACACGAUACUUGGAAUCAUGGGGUGCAGCAAAACCAUUUGCCCAUUUUCAGCAACGAGAAAGUGUUAGCAGUGAAAUUGCAGCACCAAAUGGGAAGAUCAGGAAGGAAAUUCCCAUGCACUCCCUCCGACUUCAUCGGACAUUAGAUAGAAACAAAUCCCAAAAAAGAAGAUUUGAAGAGGAACUGCAUGAGAAAAUGAUAACAACAAUUGAUGGGAUAACUUCUUACAAGCAAUGGGUUAAAUGUGAUGCCUUUGCUCAUAUGUUGUUGUCAUUCAGUGAAAAAGGAUUAGAAAAACAAUAUCGUUCAGUCUGCCUUCCUUCCUUGAAGUAUUACGUUGGAUGUGCCUUUUUGAUAUUCCUUUGCAUAUUUCUGAUCCACAUGCUCGUUAUACCACUGAAUAUUCUACUGGGAAUAUCGUUUGGAACCGCUGCAAUUAUUCUUCUGAUAACUCUCUUCAUUUGUUUUGCUGGUCACCUAAAUCGCUGGGUGAACAGCUCAACUUCAAACUUGUUCAUUGCCAUCUCUGAAACUGUUACAAAGAACCCAAUAGUACGGCUACCAUUGACAUUUGUCGUCAUAACUGUUGUAUUAGUCAUUUCAGUUUUCAACUUGCACUCCAUAACAAAUGCCAAUCAAACAGUGCACAAUAAGACUAAUGCUGCAGCGGAAGGGAAUUACUGCCUUGCUUAUUACGUAUGCUGUUGUAUCCUGGGACUCAUCACUUGCUCAACCUUCCUCAGAGUUAGCUUUGAGUUGAAAGCAUUCCUAUUAAUUGUUGCCUGUGUGAUUUAUAACAUCAUUCUCUUAAAGACCCAUGCUCCUUUGUUUGAUGCCUACGAGAAUUUUCUGAAGAACAGCAGUGGCAGCAGAACUCCUGUGAAAAACCCCAAGAUUAUGGGUAGCUUUUACCUCCUCCUAUUUGGAUUCACUCUACUGUUUUUAGCAAAACAGAAUGAAUAUUGCUGUCGACUAGACUUUCUAUGGAAGAAUAAAUUUAAAAAAGAGAGGGAAGAAAUUGAGACGAUGGAGAACCUCAAUCGCUUGUUAUUGGAAAACGUGUUGCCAAGACAUGUUGCUGAACACUUCAUUGGUGAAAAUAAAAAGAAUGAGGAUUUGUAUCAUCAGUCUUAUGACUGUGUUUGUAUCAUGUUUGCGUCAAUUCCUGAUUUCAAAGAAUUUUACACAGAAUGCGAUGUAAACAAAGAAGGACUCGAGUGCCUGAGAUUAUUAAAUGAAAUAAUAGCGGAUUUUGAUGAGCUUUUGUCAAAACCGAAAUUCAGUGGCGUUGAAAAGAUAAAAACUAUUGGGAGCACCUACAUGGCUGCUGCAGGUCUUAGUAUUGGCACGGGUCAAGAAAAUAAACAGGAUAGUGAAAAGCCUUGUGCUCACAUUGGCAUCAUGGUGGAGUUUGCCACUGCGUUAAUGAGUAAACUGGAUGGCAUCAACAGACAUUCUUUCAAUAAUUUUAAGCUGCGUAUCGGCAUAAACCAUGGACCUGUGAUUGCUGGUGUCAUUGGAGCACAGAAGCCUCAGUAUGAUAUAUGGGGGAAUGCUGUUAAUGUUGCUAGCAGAAUGGAGAGCACUGGUGAACUUGGCAAAAUCCAGGUGACAGAAGAAACCUGCAAUGUUUUGCGACGACUAGGUUAUUCUUGUGAAUCUCGAGGACUUAUCAGUGUGAAAGGCAAAGGGGAUCUACAGACUUACUUUCUGUGCACAGACAUUACCAAGUUGCACUGAAUCAAAAACAGACUAUGCAGUUGCAACAGCAGCAACAUCAAGAAGCAAUAUUUUCAAUCCACUUAAAAGAUUGUUUGCCAAUACACAGUUGGCAUUUAUAUAAAAUAAAGUGACAGCAAAAAAGUUAUAUUUUGCAAAUAUGAAAUUGAAAAACACAUGAGUGGAACUGAGAUGAUUAUUUUUAUUUAAAAUGCUGGAGUAAAAAUUUGUUUAUGACUGCACAGUUACGAGCUGCAUGCUGUUUCUGUUCAGUGAAAACAAUCAUAUUCCUCUGUCCCCUGUAUUAUAGCUUAUAGUACAAGGGUUAAACUUUGAAAUUAUAUACAGUACCAUUGCAAUUUUAUGUAUGUUGUACAGUAGUUCUUUGUAAUGUGUAUGUUUUAGGGCUGAAUUAUAAUUUGACAAUAUAUUAUAGAGAUAGAUUGUCCAGGAAACUAUAAAUGUCAUUAGCAAUGAGAAAACAUCCGUAUACUUUUUGGACUUUGAAAAUGAACAAAUGUAUGGUCAACAGGAUUGUACCUGACUGAUCAGCACAGUGGUUACUUCAUAUAAAACCUGCUCAUUUGCGUUCACUUUAAGUAGCUUUAAGAAUUUUGACUGCUUUAAACUGUGCUGUCACAGUAAGUGGAUUCUACAGUGUUUACUAUAAAAUUCAAGGCUGUCCUCACCUAUAUUCAAUUUCAAAUCUUAUUUACCAAUGACGAUAGCUUCCGCUGUGUUCCUAAAGGUCACCAGAGACUUGGUUGCUGAGCAAAACUACUCUACCAUAAGUUACACUUUCAUAAUGUUGCUGUGUCUUAAAUUUAUGUCAUGCUUUAAAAGAAAAUGUCUCCCAGAAUUCAAAAACAGCAAGCUACUUAAAUAACUCUCCGUCAGCUCUUGAUGUUAGUGCAAUGUUGCUCUCUCACUUAAUUACUGUGUAAUUUCUUUACCAGCAUCGGUAUCCAAAAUUGUUUCAUGACUGAAACAGUAUUCUAGAAUUUAACAUAAUUUGUGAUCUGUCAACCGUAGAAUUGAUUUUCUUUUUAAUAUAUGUAAUUAUUCAGCUUUAGAGUGGAGUCAUGGGUUUUAAAAAAUGUAUUAUUUAAGCAUGAUUCUGAAUUACUGUACAUCACAGCUGUCUUAACUAUUAAGCAGCUAAAGGUACUAAAAUAUACUUGACCCAAUCAUGGUACUCCACAAGUCUGGUACAGUCUUUCUCUUUUGUUGCUGUGCCACAGAUAGUUUUUUUUUACUUAUUUGUUGAGGAAGAGCUUUAAACUGAUGAGCGCUGUAUAUUUUUUAAAUUGUAGAUUUUGAGAACAGUAUCUUCAACUUAAGUGCUUUAUUACCCUGCAUUUUAACACCAUUUCAUUAUUUACGAUUUUAUGUGGACUAAAUGGACAUCUCAACUGAAUUGAUACUGUGGUUAGAGUUGGACCUAAACAAGACUAGUAAAGCACAUAGAGAACAAAACUUUAUGAAUUUGUUAAUAUUUUUCUACUAUCGACAGAAAAAAGGGAAAACCUUCUUUGGAAAGCUGUGUCAUGUCAUAGGUUGUUUAUAGCUGAUGAAAUAUGCACAUUUCUGAAUGCUAGUGAAGUAUUGAAACAAAAAAUAUUUUCUUUCUAGUAAUUUUGAAGCAAAUAGAUUACAAUAAAUUAUGUCUCUAAUGGUA